CGAAUCAAACGACGUUCAAAGAUUGUUUCAAUUUAUUUCCUGGAUGGAAAGAACGGCUAUUUACGGAAAUUGCGAAUUUGGGCCAAAGUAGAAUGUCAAAUACAGCGGCCAGCGGCGAUGGACCACCGACAGUGAAAAAGUCCACGGAUAAAACUCCUCGCAAGAGGGAUCGCACUGAAGGUGGUGGUGCUACCGGAAAAGGAAGCAGCGCCAACUUCCAACGCAAACCAACCGAUCGUCACACGGUGAAAAAUCGGGUCCUACCAAAGUUUUUUACCCGCGAGAACGACAUUUACGUUACCUACAAAUCGGACUUUACGUAUCAGUUUAAAUCCUGCUUGGAUAUUCUCAACUCUUCGCUCGGCGAGGUGUUUCUUCAUUGUACCGGGCGAGCAAUUAAUCGAGGGAUCAACUUGGCCUUAAGGAUAAAAGCGGAAUUCCCGGAAGCAUUUGAGUACGAGGUGAACACCUCUCAAAUCGCCAUCACGGACGAUUUACAUCCGCUACAUGACGAGGACGAUUUCAUGGUACAACGACGCAUGAAUUCGUGUCUUCAUAUUCGUGUGUACCGCAGUAUUAAGCUAAAGCCUUCGAACGCUGGUGAACUGAAGGCUUAA